GUGAUUGAUUACCGAAGGUCACUGAGGCUUUAAUGGUCGGCUUGGAUGAAAAUUAAUUCUGGAAUGGAUAAAUAAUGCAUCAGGAUUUAUAUAGUCCAAGGCAAGACGGAGCCAGAAGAGGGAGCCGAAGGAGUGACGCCGGUGGCCCCAGGGCUCGAAGGAACUGGGCAUGAAGGGCCACUGGCCAAGAAGAGAAAAGGGAAGCGAAUGGCAGCAUGAUCGGCCCAGACGGUCUGGCCAGGUGGCUGCAGCAUGCUGAGCCCAAAGAUCAGACAAGCCAGGAGGGCUCGCUCCAAGAGCCUGGUGAUGGGGGAACAGAGCCGGAGCCCAGGGAGGCCCCUGGUACCCAACAAGCUGGGCCCUGUACUCAAGGCCGGCUGGCUGAGGAAGCAGAGGAGCAUCAUGAAGAACUGGCAGCAGCGAUGGUUUGUGCUACGUGGAGAUCAGCUCUUCUACUACAAAGACAAAGAUGAAAGCAAGCCCCAGGGAUUUAUUUCCUUACAAGGGACACAAGUGACUGAACUUCUUCCAGACCCUGAGGACCCAGGAAAGCACCUGUUUGAGAUUACGCCAGGUGGUGCCGCAGAGCGGGAGAAGGUGCCGGCCAACCCUGAGGCGCUCCUGCUCAUGGCCAGCUCCCAGCGUGAUAUGGAGGACUGGGUGCAGGCCAUCCGGCGUGUCAUCUGGGCCCCGCUGGGCGGAGGUACUUCCCGUAGCUCGCAUGUCCACCCUGUAAAACCCUUGUCUGCAGGGAUCUUUGGGCAGCGGCUGGAGGACACAGUGCACCAUGAACGGAAGUUUGGUCCCCGACUGGCACCUCUGCUGGUGGAGCAGUGUGUGGACUUCAUCCGGGAGCGAGGACUCAGUGAAGAGGGGCUCUUCCGUAUGCCUGGCCAGGCCAACCUGGUGAGGGACCUGCAGGAUUCCUUUGACUGUGGGGAGAAGCCGCUGUUUGACAGCACCACAGACGUGCACACAGUGGCCUCCCUGCUGAAGCUCUACCUUCGGGAGCUCCCAGAGCCGGUCAUCCCUUUCGCCAGGUAUGAGGACUUCCUCAGCUGCGCCCAGCUGCUCACCAAGGACGAGGGGGAGGGGACCGUGGAGUUGGCCAAACAAGUGAGCAACCUUCCUCAGGCCAACUACAACCUGCUCAGAUACAUCUGCAAGUUUCUGGAUGAAGUGCAGGCCCACUCAGAUGUCAACAAGAUGAGUGUCCAGAACUUGGCAACUGUCUUUGGCCCUAACAUCCUUCGGCCACAGAUAGAAGAUCCAGUAACCAUCAUGGAAGGCACGUCUUUGGUUCAGCAUCUGAUGACUGUCCUCAUCCGCAAACACGGACAGCUCUUUGCUGCAGCCUCCCUUGAAGAACCCGCUUCACCACAUCGUACUGUCCAGGGCACAGUAGAGUGGGGCUCUGAAGAAGUCACCAGGGACCACCAGGGUGAGCCUGGUAGCCCUGGCUUGCCCACACACAGGACUUCAUCUCUGGAUGGGCCAGCUGCAGCAGUGCUCUCUAGAACUUCUCCGCCAUGCCUUGGCAGCCAAACUGGCCCAGCAGCCACCAGCCCUGGGAAGAGGAUGCACACUUUGCCUGGCUGGAAGUCUUCUUUUCGGCAGCAGGGGUCCCGGUCAGAGAGCCCAAAAGGGGUCAGCUCAUCCUUAGAGGUACCCAUCAUCUCCUCUGGUGGGAAUUGGCUCAUUAAUGGGCUAUCCUCUCUUCGAAGCCACCGUCGGGCCUCAUCGGGGGACCGGCUUAAGGAUUCAGGCUCAGCACAGAGACUCUCCACCUAUGACAAUGUGCCACCAUCCAGCCACUUUUCUAGCACUGCCAGCGUGGCCAGCACGGCAUGGUCUGUAGCCUCGUCCUCCCGAGAGGCCUCUGUCACCAGCUGCACAGCCUGCCGGGCCAGCAACUCUUCCGCCUGCAGCUCCUUACACACUGAGUGGGCUCUCGAGCCCUCUCCUCUCCCCAGCAGCAGUGAGGGCCACCGUUCCCCGGACCUGGGCCACAGCCUGGAUGAGGCAUGUGUGGGCAGUGGCAGCAGUGAGGCCAAUGACCCAGGCAGCCCCACACAGGCCCAUGUUCGCCGCUGCCAGGCUCUCCAGGGCCAGGUGGCUGAGCUCAGGGCAGAACUAUGUCACCAGAGGACUGAGUACAAGAGGAGCCUGAAAAGCAUCGAGGAGGGCAGUGCUGAGCUGCGGAAGCAGAUGUCUCGGUUGGAAGAGGAGCUGGACCAGGAGAAGAAGAAGUACGCCAUGCUGGAGAUCAAGCUGCGGAACUCGGAGCGAGCACGCGAGGAUGCAGAGCGCAGGAACCAGCUGCUGCAGAGGGAGAUGGAGGAGUUCUUCGCCACCCUGGGAAGCUUGACUGCUGGGACCAAAGGGGCCAGAGCCCCAGAGUGAAAGGAGCAGAGGCACAUGUCUAUCUAUGUCUGCUCACUUUCCCUGCAGGGCUGGCCAUAGGCUGCAGAGGAAGCCAGAAGCUUCAAGUUUGGGCCAGGCCACCAGCAGGGCCAUCUGCCUCCAAGUGCCAGAUAGAGAGAAGGAGCCUGACACCAGAAUGGCAACUGUCAGGAUCCCACAUAGUCCAGGCAGGAUCUGGAUACUUCUCCAAACAUACGGGUCCCAGCAUGUGUCAGAGGGGAUGAUGCCAAGAUCAUCAGCAGUAGCCUCUCAUCCAGGAAGAGUCCCCAGUGGCCACCCAAAAGGUGGGCACCUUGAGAGCCGGGCCACCACCAGGAACUUUAUUAAACGUGCUCUGAAAGCA